AUGUCUCACCAACGCAGCCGAUCCCGCGUCCGCUUUGCUCCACGCGACGAAUAUGAGCCGAUACGCGGCCGUCCGCAGUACAGGCGCUCAACCGCGGAUUCUCGAGAGAGUUUCUACUCUCCAUCACGAUCUCGCUCACGAUCUUUGACCCGGGAGGUCGAAAAUCGACAGGUUGAACGCCAUCGGUACCAAGCACCUCUACCACCAGCAGCAACACCGCGCUCGUCAGCACCAACACCAACACUAGUACCAGCACCAGCGCCAGCACCAGCCCGGGACCACAGAAAAGAAAAAGAAUGGUACCAUAAGAAGACGGUGUGGACCAGUCUAGCCACUGUCGCCACAGUAGCCGCUCUACUCCCAUCCACCAUAUCAGCAAAAGCCUCAGUCGACGCCGCACAUGCUUCCGGCCGUGCUGCGAGAGCGAGCGAGAAGAGCGCACGUGAAGUAACCAAGAGCGCGAGGGCCAGCGAGAUGAGCGCAAUGGGAUCCAUUAUGAGUGCCAGAGCGGCGACGAAUUCGAGCCUUGCACAAGGCCAUAUGGAUGAAUAUGGUAAUGCGAUUCGGAAGAAUGGUUAUGGUGGUGUGGAGAGAUUGCGGGUCAAGCCUCCGAUUGUGGGUGCGUAUGCACAACGAGGCGGAACUUCACGAAGGGGGUGGUAG